AUGGAAGUUGAUUCGAACGUUGUUUACAAUUCCCAUUGGAAAUCCGGUGUUUGUUGGGGAAAUUUAGCAGGCUGUUUAGCUUUCUAUCAUUCCUUAACCGGCUUCAUACUAUUAGUGGCAAAUACAACGUUCGCUUUCCUAACAACUGACUAUCUCUUCAUCUUUGCAUCACUAAUUGCACUUGGUUUUCUAAUCAUUCUCUUAGGAAUUGUCCUCUUGCCUUUGGUAUUUUCCUACUUUCUCGGUCGACAAUAUCAUAUCUAUGCAACAAGUCAUGCAUACGUAACGUUCAUCGUUAAUUUAAUUAAUCUAUUCCUGAUUGCCUGUGUUGCUUAUGAAGUUAGUCAAUUACAAGUCUUAAGUUUACUUUCAUCGCGAUUUUUAAUUGCGAAUUUGGGUUUAUUAGCAUUAUCGUUGGUUGUCGGUGUUACAGCAUGGGUGACAUAUGUUGGAAGACAAUUUCAUGAACCCAAUGGACAAUUUAUCCUUCAACUUUAA